GGAAGUCUUCAUUGGUACUUCCGCAUUUGAACGAGGGAGGAAUUCAGUGGCCGUGGGAGAGGGUCGUCAGAAAGCAUGCAAAAUACCAAGAAGUCAGGGCUCAAAGCUGGGCUGCAAUUCUUUGUGUUUCUGAGGGAAACCGACCGUGCAACCAUUGUGGUUAGAUCCGAACUGAAAGAAAUUUACAACACCGAGUUCAAAGCAAGGAAUCAAGACACCAAAGUGCCAAACUUUAGCACGGUCCUCUACGCCCUGAAACAGUCGAAGAAAAUACACGUGGGCAGAUACAAAAUUCGCGUCAUGGUCAGAGAGAUUUCAGUGGACCAGUGGCACGUGCCCAGGAGAUCCCAGCCACAGGUGGUCUUAAAUGUUGAGGAACAUCCAGCUCCAGAUCAGCCGCCACGUUCUGCAAUGGAAGAAAAUAUGAAAGCGGCCAGAGACCUUACAAAAUUGCUGAAGAAUAAGAGGUCUACCUUAAUUUCCAAUAAAUAUAAGAUUGUCAUCAGCUCAGACCCCGAUUUCCAAAAUGGAUUACUUCUCUUUGAUGUGGAAACGGAGCAGCAUGUUGUUAAUGUAAAUGUGGAAAACACUGGAACUGAAACUUUGCUUUUUACCUACUACACUGCACUGCACAAGCUUAGCUGCUUCACACUAAAGGAUGAGCACAAGGUGACCCGAAAAAACCCACUGUCACUCAAACCAGGCGAUCGCUAUGUAAUCCAGGUUCACUACCAGUUUGAGAGCGCUGGUUGGUAUCCAGUGACGUUGACCUUUGAAUUUCAGCAGAAUUCCGCCCCUUCUCCAUUCUAUAUCGUGCGCGAUAUUCGGGUUCAUUAUUUAAACACGCUGGGAAUGGAGCUGAAACCUAUUGCUCCAUUCAAACGCUCCCGUCCUGCUCCUGUGCGUCAGUGUGCGUUGGACUUAAAAGUUGUGGAGGGAGUGCCACCUGAUGCGCUGUCAAUUAUGGCGCUAAAAAGUGAAACCCCACUUUAUUCUUAUCGGACGCCAAAAGAUAUAACCAAGCGCGUUCUGUUACUCAACGAGGACCCUCCCAGAGAUAAAAGUCGGGUGCUGGCCAGUCCUUUAAGUUAUAAGAACUACUCUCAGAAGUUCCAUGAGUUGUUGUAUUUGGAGGAACAUCAGAUGCAAGUGGACAUCAUGCAAUACUUCAUACCCAACAAUGACAAUGACUACACUUGCAUGGAAAAAGAUCCAAGCAACAAGACACUGCUCAUUCUCCAGGUACCUGGUCUGUCUGAAAACCGCCCAUCUGUGCUACGUGGAGAUAGGCUGCUGGUUUACCAGAAGGGAGAACAACAACAGAAGUACUCCGGUUAUGUCCACAGAGUAGAACGGGACUCUGUCAAACUGGGCUUUAACUCAGAAUUCUUAAAUAAUUUUGUUGAUGGCAUGAAGUUCAACGUGGAAUUCACCUUCAACCGCCUGGUUUUGCGUCUGCAGCACAGAGCAGUGGAAUUUGCGACCAAGUUUAAACUGGAAAACGUGUUGUUCCCGCCAGACAGCCUCUCCUCAAAGCAAAUAUCUAACAUUUGCAAACUCAGUUUCUAUGACAGACAGCUGGAGAAAAACCCCGAGCAGAGCAAAGCUGUGCGUCAUAUUGUAGCUGGCACCUCCAAGCCUGCUCCGUACUUGGUUUUCGGUCCACCAGGCACAGGCAAAACGUUCACUUUGGUGGAGGCUAUCAAACAGAUCGACAAGACCCAGAAAGACUGCCACAUUCUUGCCUGCGCUCCCUCCAACAGUGCUACGGAUCUCCUGUGCACAAGGAUUCUGAAGGGCCACGGGAAUAAGGGCAAGGUGUACCGCAUGUAUGCCAGCAGCCAAGACACACAGUGUGUCCCUGAGGAGCUGAAGGCAUGCUCUAACCUAGUUGGGGACGGUUAUGCAUUCCCUUCCAAAAAGGAACUGAUGGGGUAUCGAAUCCUGGUCACCACUCUGUUCACUGCUGGAAGGCUGGUCACAGGAAACCUCCCCAGAGGUCAUUUCACUCACAUUUUUGUGGAUGAGGCUGGACAUGCUACGGAGAGUGAAUGUGUAAUCCCACUGGCUGGGCUGCUCGAUCCCGAGGUUGGCCAGGUGGUUCUGGCUGGAGACCACAAGCAGCUGGGACCCAUUGUCGCAUCACCUCUUGCACUUAAAUAUGAAUUGGGCUUUUCCCUCUUGGAGCGACUGAUGAACAUUUCCUCCUCAGUGUACCAGAAGGACGGUGUGCUCAACGACCUCUUUGUCACCAAACUGCUACGCAAUUACAGGUCCCAUCCUGCCAUUCUGAAGGUUCCCAAUGAGCUGUUCUAUGGCGGAGAGCUCCAGGUGUGUGCUGAUGAAAUGAAACGCAACUCCUUCUGCAAAUGGGAACACCUUGAACGACCGGACUUCCCAGUGGUUUUCCACGGGGUGACGGGUAUGGACGAGCGCGAGGCCAACAGCCCGUCCUUCUUCAACAGAGCAGAGGUGCAGGUCCUGAUGGACUAUGUCAAGAAACUGCUGCAGACAGGUCGCAAAAAGGGCCUGAGCACCAUCUCUCCCAAAGACAUCGGCAUCAUCACCCCCUACAAGAAACAAGGACAGAAAAUCCGUCAGGCCCUCAAUAGGAUUGGGAAAGAGUUACCAUUUAUGGAAAUGAAUGCCUUGAAGGUUGGUUCGGUGGAGGAGUUCCAAGGUCAGGAGCGGAGAGUGAUCUUGCUGUCGACAGUCCGCAGCAACCUCAAUUACACAGACUUUGACAAACAGUUCAACCUCGGCUUUGUUGCCAAUAAGAAGAGGUUCAAUGUGGCAAUGACUCGAGCUCAAGCUCUGUUGAUCGUGGUGGGAAACCCAGUGGUGCUUUGCACUGACAACGUAUGGAACCACUUCAUCAAGUACUGUCAAGAUUCAGAAGCCGACCGUGGGUACAAGCCUGUGGAGGAAGCUGAAGCCGUAGCCGAAAGACUUUCGUCUCUUUACCACAAGAUCCACGCUCAAGUGAAUGGGCAGGACGAAGGGUACUAUCGAACAGAAGAGUGACCUGUGAGAUUUUUAAAAAAGUGCCAAGAAUGUUUCAGCACCUGGGACCAAACAAAUCACAUUUAAGAAAUGAAAAUGCAACAUGACAAAUCAUAACCCAAAUGAGUUCAGACGACCACACAUGCUACUUUAAAAAGAAUCUUUAUUACUAAUGAAAUGAGCCAUGUGAAGUGUUUAUGAAAAAUCAAUCUGUUGUUUGAGGGCUUUUUUAUACAGGCACAUUUUAUACUAUUCAAUAUUGUGGUAUAAGAUGUUAUUGGAAUGUUUCUGUGUCAAAUAAAGGUAUUACUUAGCGCUGCUAAAUUUA